AUGCCGCCGUCGUCCUACGCUGCUCCGCAGCCUCCGAGCGAAGAGGGGGAGAAGCCAGUAACCGUUUUGGUCACUGGAUUCGGUCCAUUUUUAACGAAAGUACCCAAGAACUCAUCUUGGGAUAUCGCCUCUACACUCCCAGCUCUGAUACCAAAAUCACCCAAGAACCAAACUCCGAUAAAUAUCCACGUUCACUACGAGCCUAUCCGCGUAGCAUACAAUAAUGUCGUCAGUCUCGUUCCCAAGCUCCUCCCACCAGCCAACCCUCUCUAUCCUCCCCCAGACAUUGUGCUGCACAUCGGUCUAGCAGCUGGACGAAACUACUUUGCCAUCGAGCAAGGGUCCCACAGCCACGGAUAUGGAAAGAUUCCCGACGUAGACGGCCAGCGAUUCGAAGACGCUGAAGCCGAAAAACACUUCCCAUCUUCAAAGUACCCGCACAAACUAAAGACUAGCUUUGAUACAUCCGAUGUCCUCGCACGCUGGAAAGCAAACCUAGGAUAUAUAUCAGUUGACGGCACUAAGAUCGACCAAGGAUGUUCGGACGUGCGCAUCAGCACCGACGCUGGGAAUUUCUUAUGUGGCUUCAUAUACUACAAUAGCUUGGCGCAUUACUUCAACAUUAAGAAGGAAGAGAGACCUGUUGUAUUCCUACAUGUACCCGAUUUGAGCAGUAGUGAGGAUAAGUUGAGAGAAGGAUGGGAAGCUACAGUCGCUUUGAUCAAAGCAUUAGUCGAGAGUAGACGAAAAGCGGGUGGCAAGGUCGUGGAUGGGAAUAAGACGGACGAAAAACGAGAGAAUGGCAAGGAGGAUGAACGUACGGAUAACAACUUCGUAUAG